GGGAGAGGCAAAGAGGCUGGGAGGGGGGGAAGAGCAAGGAGAGCUGGAGUUUAAUUCGGGCCCACCAGGUGGACACGCACUCCGGGAAUUGGCUGCUCCACCUCAGCCGCGGGCUGGGCCCUGCCCCGGGACUCCCUCCGUACACUGUCCCCGGGGAGGGGUAGGGCACCACUGAGGUGCAAACCCCCGGGGGAAGGAGGGGGGGGGAAGCUGACUGCCGCCAUCUUCUGCUUCUGGGCAACACCUCCUAUCCGUCUCCAUUGUGCCGCGCGAUUGCUUUUUCCUCCCCUUUUAUCUCCAGUGGUGAGUGGGACUGCAGAUGGAGCCAGAGGAUAGUGUUAUUGUAAUAAGUGACACUGAAGGAGAGAAUGAUGGUGAAAGCUCAGUGUUUAUUGUCGAAAAUUCUCCAGAAGUUGCUGAUGCAUCCAAAGAGAAAAGGACUGAAGUAAUUGACGAAGAAUGUGGGCUCGCCAUUACAUUCAGUAAAAAGGGCAAUGUGAUGCCACAUGCACGUUACGAUUGUGUGGAGCAAGACUUUACGCGCACAGAAAAUGAGGUAUCUGAGCCUGCGGGUAGCAAUGCAUAUUUCUGUGAGCAGUGCUAUUGUUACAUCUGUGACAAGCCUGCCUCUGAGUGCCAGUACUGGAAACUCCCUUCAAUUUGCCAUUGCAAUGCUCACAAUAAAAGUACAUACUGGAAAGCACAUCGUGAUGUUGCACUAACCGGUGCACUCUCAAUAUUCAAUUUCAACCUGGUUGAUAUUGAUUCAGAGCUUCGACGUGGAGGUGCCUUAUUGCAAAAGUUUUGGAUGGAACUUGCUGUGGAAUAUAACAACUAUUUAAUGGGGAUGAUAACCACUCGGAAUUGCCUGAUUACAUGUAUCUGUGUUUGUCACAAACAAGUUCAAAUAUUCUGUGAACUGUGCCAUUUGAACCAUGUUGAGAUCCGACUGUACAGUUACACUGCAGUGUUUAAUGUUGUGAACAACUUUCUGAAUCAAGCAGAAAAUGAAAAGCCAAAAGCAGCUGCCAUUAUGAUGAUUGGAGUGGCGAAGGAAAUUCUCCUCCAUAAACAGCCUCCACAGGAAACGUUCAACAAGGAUGACCAGACAUCGUCUCCAAGGCAGGCAGUUCCAAUUUUUAUGCGCAGAAUCACCAGUGCAUUGCAGAGAAUGUUGGUAUUGAGUGAUUUCCCUCCUUAUCUAUUUAACAAGUUGAAGGCCUUUUAUAAAACCCUUCCACUUCCUUCUUACUGCUAUGCAUUUACUAAUAGUCUUAAUGUGCUGUCCUGGGAUGACCCUUUUCUGACCUCCAUCCUAAGGGGUCAAAAUAUCACUGGGCACCGACAGAAGAAAGGCAAAAAAGAAAUGUUGUGGGAGGAUGUCACUGUUGUGCAAGCACGAGUGGAAAGAAUGGAGGCAAGAGGAGAAUACAGGGAGUUGAUCCGAUACCUGCGAGUGGUAAAAUGCAGUGACACAUUAAAGUUACGAGCCCUACAAGAUAAAAUUCCAUUCUACUUUUGCAAGUGUGGAGAUUUUCAUGCUGCCACGCAAUCAUUUCAUUCUAAUUCCAACCUUUCUUGCUGCACAGCCUGCCGUUUAACAUCUUACCAAUACAUGAUAUACUUGAAAAUUCUCAAGACUGGAUCUGUACCCGUUGGUUGUGAACUUUCGGAGGAAGGAAGAUGGGUAUUUAUGAAAGGUGCUAAUUUGGUAAAAGAUUGUUUACUGCUAAAGUGUGCACUCAGGAUCCUAUUUGUGAAUGAAGUACUCUACAGAACUGUUCACUGCUGGAGCGGACUGAUUCAAAUUCAAUGCAAUUCAUUGACAUUGACAGAAGAUGUGCUUCAGGUACCACCUCAUAUAUUUGUGAAAACCACAGCUGUCCAUGCAACAGCAAUCAUUGAAGAUCUGAAGAAUGGAAUAGUGGGCAUACCUAAAGCCUUUUCAUCUGCGUUUCACAGAGAAUCUGCAUUGAUUCUUGUAACGGUGGCUGCUGCCCAGAUGCUUCAUCAAAAUCUCUCUGUGAUCAACAUUGUUCUGCCAUUAGUUGUAGCUUAUGGGAAAAAUUUCUGGGCCCUGAAACUCCUGUUUGACUGUCUGAGCAUGAAAGAGGAAGUCUUGCACCAUUUCUGUGGCAUGCUGUGCAGCAAUAUUUAUGUAUAUAAAACCAUGUUGACUGACGCGUUUAAGCGUCAUGAUGCUGACUAUAUCUCUGAUCUGGUGACCCUCUUCCUGUCUUUUAAGCAAGCAACUAUCCAAUCUGUUAGCAUCCCUGUGCUCACCAUUCUUGUGGAGUCAUGGCACGAAUUCAAAAAUAAGGGACAUCACUGGACACAAACUCUUCACAGUUUUCUACAAAGUAAGGUUAUACCAGCUAUGGAAAUGUUGAACACUGCCCAGUUUGUAGAGUUACGGAAUAAACUGAGCCAGCUAAUUUAAGAGGGGAGAAAAUGGACACGUCCUGGGACAUAUCCAACUCAUUGACCUCUGUGGGAAAAUGUGGAUUACAGUGAGCAUGCAUAAUUGAAUAUCAAUGAUUCUGAUAUUUGGUCCUUAAAUAACUUAUUACAGUGAUCAAAUGUCUCAAUUGUAAUUAUUAUACAAUAGUGAAUACUCAACACAAAUGGAAUCUUUACAGUCUUUUUAAAAAAAAAACUGUCACCUUUGACAAUUAUUCCACUGUUCAUAGGUGGAGUAUCUUGAAGGAUAUCAACAUUUCAUCAGAAAGCAAUUAAAAUGUUGGUGUUAAGAUGUCCAGUAUGUAAAUAUUUUCUCAGUUACCAGGUUAAAUAUAUUGUGUUUCAGAGUAGUCAAGUAUUUUACAAAAUGUGACUGAACUGAGGAAGGGAAUGUUCAGUUCACACAAUAAGAAAUUGUCUUAUUUAUUUAGCAUUUCAGCAAGAAGAUCAUAAGAUAUAGUGUGUUUAUACCAAGCAGGUGCUACAAAGUAAAGAACAAAUUUUCUAUUUUUCAAUGGAAAUUAAGAGAACUGUGUUUUUCAGAUGACCAUUAAUUAACGUCCAUUGCUGUGUUUGUUUCUCAUAGUUAGGCCAGGUCAGCUGGAAUGCCAAAAUCAUUCUAGUUUAUUCAAUACAAAACUCCAUUGUGUCUUAUACAGUGGAGACUGACGCUUGGUGCUGUGAAAAUAAAAGCCUGCAUUGUAAUUUUAUAGAAUCCUUUCAAGAGUGCUUUCUUCACUUGAGAGUCCAUACUCUUUUUUUAAAAUAAGACAUUGCAUUGGCUGGAAUUGUAUUCCAGAACAUUGUAUUUAUAUUGAUCCUGAUUUUCCUUUCUACAACACUCUAUUGCAUAUCAGCAGAGCAGAGCUACAGCUGCACUGUUUUGACACUGCAGUCUCCUGCUCUUGGCUUUGUGCCUUUUUAAAUUUUGAAGAAGUGACACUUAUGCAAUACAGAAUUUUCUUUUUGAAAAACCUUUGAAAUGUACUGAGAUUUACCAAAACUCAAUUUUAUUCUUGCAUUUCCGAAUGUACUUCAAUGCAAGUAUUUGGGUCCUUUUGUGAAUUCGCAUCAUUCACCUUUUGAGUUUGCAUUUUCUUUUUGUCACUGUCUUCAGAAUGCAUCUACGAAUUUGGUGCCUUUCUAAUUAAGGGCUAUCUAAUGCGGUUUUAAAAAAAAAAGGCCUCUAACUUUUGGAAAAGUUCACAGAAAGUAGACAAUCUCUUUAUACCUCUCUUUUGUGGUCGUUAACAGUCUCUGCAUAUUGAGUGUGUGGUUCUGGCUGUUGGUACCACUUCAUGUUUUUGCUAUUGCUCACAAACUAAAACACUUUAAUUGCAGUAGGUAAAACUUGCAAUAGGUAUGAAAUUUUGUUUCAGGAUUUUAGGAAGAACUUAUAUUUUUCUACAGGUUCUGUGAAGUUUGUCUUUUUAAAAUCUGUUUUUCAAUGUAUUAAUUCAAUAAAGGUUUCAAUUUCAAGAA